CACACAAACUUGUAGUCUCCAUACAACCAAAUUGCCUCACAUAGGCCUCACAUGCGCACACACACACACUAUUCUCUUAUCCCAUCUCCUCUUCAUCACAUUCCAAACUUUAGCAAAACACACAUUCAACAAAGACUGUAAGCCAUAGAAAUGGCCUUGGCACCCACUAGUCUUCAUGGAGCCAAGUCCAUAGCACCACCAUCUCCGCCGGGAAAUGCCGGCCUACGGCUGCCAGCCCGCCCGUUCGCCCUCAAGUCGUCGUCUUUCUUUUCUCCGUCUCUCCACCUGUUGAUGCCCCCUCAGGUGUCAGCUGCCCCAGCCACUGCACCAAAAUUCUCUAUGCGUGUGGCUUCCAAGGAGGCCUAUAUUUGCCGGGACUGCGGGUAUAUCUACAAUGAGAGAACUCCCUUUGAGAAGUUGCCUGAUAAGUACUUCUGUCCUGUUUGUGGUGCCCCCAAAAGGAGGUUUAGGCCAUAUGCCCCAACAGUGACUAAAGAUGCUAACAACAUUGACGUUCGGAAAGCCAGGAAAGAACAGAUUAAGAGAAAUGAAGCUAUUGGGCAGGCAUUGCCCUUUGCAAUAGCACUUGGAGCUGCAGCAUUAGCUGGUUUAUACUUCUACCUCAACAGCACUUCCUAAGGUUGAUAUAGCUUGGAUCAUGAUCUAGGGACCAGAAAAGUCAUUGUACUUCAAAUAUUUUCUCUUUUGUAAUUCAUUUCUUGGUAUAUUUCAUAUCGAAAUCCUUUUUUUGUCUUUCCAA